CCCAGGCCUGAAGCGGGGGUGCCAGUGCCAGGGUUCUGACCCAGCAGCCUGGCUCCGGGCCCUGUCCUCCUGCGAGACAGUGCAGUGAGUGUGUAAGACCCCCAGCUCUGCCAGCCAUGGACUGGGGACCGCGGAUUCUGGAGCCUCACCCGUGAGGGCAGCCAGCCACUGGCCGGACCUGGUUUGCUCAUCUGUAGAUCCUCAGCCCCUUCACAGUGCCUGCCAUGUAGUCGGUGCUGUUUUUCCUGAUCAAAAAGGGGACCUGGUUGGGCAGCCCUGCCUUCCCACCUGCCUGGACUGGGAAUCGAUGGUUGGAGCUGGGGCCGCCACCUUGUGACCAUGAGGCAUAGCCAGCAGAUCCAGGGAAAGUAGCCCUUAGAUGGUGGCCCCGGGGGCCAGCUGCUGCCCAGCAGGCUUCUGGUCGUGGGGGUGGAGCAGAGGCGAGGGAAUAGUUAUUGGGUGCAACCAAAUCCCAGUGUGGCUGCACUGUGAAAAUGGCCUUUGCUCAUCAACGGCUAAAAAAGUUCCUAACCGAUACAGCUGUACCAAAGAGGACCGACAAGGUAACGUGCAGCCAUACUUACAAACUCCGUGUUUAAGGUGAAAUAACGUGUGUGUUACAUGCUGUGUGUCUGGGGUUGCCCAUGUCCGUCUGGCUUUGUGUACAGCCCAUGGUCCCUUCAGGCAUGGAACCCAGUCUUCCUGAGGAAAGUGGGGCCAGGGACACGCUCCUCCUCCCCUCACCCCUGCAGACCCCUGUGAACACACCAUCCCCAGCAGCUGUGGCUGCCACAGCCCUCCACCGGGGCUGGGCAGGGAUGUCCUCACUCACCAAAGACCCUCACAACAGUCCCACCAGAUAGGAAUUUUUAUUACCCCAUUUGACAGAUGGGGGACACUGAGGCACAUAGAUGCAAAUAACUUUCCUUACAUCCACUGUCUACUAGAUGGAGGGCCAGGAUUUGGUCCAGACGGUCCGCAGGAGGCCCUGUGCUGGCAGCGCUGCCCAUGGGGAGCCUCACAUGCCCCCUCGGGGAUGUGGAACAUUCCAGUUCCACACCCCACUGGAAGGUGUGGGAAUGACAAGAUCCUGCUGAUGGCUGGCGAUGCAGGUGGUGAGGGAGGGGAUGAGCUCAGGGUGGACAGGCGGGCAGCUGGAACAUCUUCCCCUGGUUGAAAUGCUGCUUCUAGAACUUGUCCAGAUCCCAGGGCAGACAGUGCUCGGAGCAGAGUCCCGGAAAGUGUGUGCAGAGGAGGGGCAGCAGGGAAGGUGGGCAGCUGGCUUGUUCGUGAUUGCACGUGAAUCAAAUAUAUAAUUUCAGUUUGUCACAUCUGACAAUGCUCGUUUUAAUCACUUGAUUAAGGUGAUGUCUGCUUGGUGCCCCCAUGUAAAGUGACCCCUCUGCAGUCAGUAUAUCGUAAGAGGAUAUUUUGUGCGACGCAAAUAAAUGUUAUCCAACCUGGCACAGUUCUGUCUGUGUGGACUCCUGCUUUCCCGUGUUCCCAUAUAACCUGUUGAUAUUUAUUUGGAUUCUCAAAUUGCCAGGGGAGCUUCUUCAGGGUGACCUCUGGGAUCCUUCUCCGUGACCCCACAAUUCUGUCCUUGCUUUACUGCGCAAGACGUUUUAGGCUCAUCUUAGACUUGCUUGUCAUGCUCCAGACGUGGGAGCAGCCCUCUCCCCCAGGACUUGUUCCUUUCAAUGGAGAAUGGUAUUUUAAAAGCCAAGCCCUGGAUGCCAGGGAUGUCACAGCUUCUGUGUCCUCUUAGCUCGAUGACCUACGUACCAGUGUCCCUGCAUACCCUGUGAUGUCUGUGUUUACUGUCACAGCCCUCUGUCUGUCCUGAAACCCACCAGUACAAACCAGUGCCUCCGAUUCCCAUCCAACACCAGACUCCUCCUUUUCCCCAUCUGCAUCCAUGAGAAACUGAUUGCCCUUUAUUCCUCGUAGAUUCCCUGUGUGUAACUCCUCUCUCUUCCUUGCUGCCAUCCUGCUCAGCGGGGGCACCCUUCUCACCCUGACCUGUUGUCCACAUCCUACACCUUGCCUGCCCCUGUGAGUGGACAUCCUCGGGACCUGCGUGUAGACACCUCCUCACUCUGCUCGUGCUCGUGCUCCCACGUGGCAUGUCAGGCUCCCCUCCCAUGGCUCAUCCUUACUGCCCCAGGCCCAGACGCUCAGCCCUGCUGCCCCUCUGGGCACCCCCCUCACUCCCACAUCCUAUUCGAACUCUGGCUCCCUAUCCUGAUCCCCUCCCAACCCCCAAGAUAAGGACCUUCAUGGCCUCCUUGGGCUGUGACAUCACCACGACUUCUCGCUUGCCAGCCCCCUCACUGGCCAGCACAGGUGCCUACCUUGCUCUCUCCCCACCCCACCCCAGAUUAUUUACGAAGGGAGGAAGAGGUGAGCAGAGGAAGCACAGAUAUCACCCUCUUAAUCGCUAUGUGUGCCCACUUCCUCAAGUCAGGCUGUUACUCAGGUUCUUCCGUCCUGCUCGCUGGCACAUGCUGACGGCAGCGCCCUGAGGCCAGGGGCAAGGUCCUCUACAUGUGCACAGACCCGAAGGCCAGCAGAGGCCCCUCUCGGAGUGAGUACCCAGCAGGCUUGCUGGAACAUGAAUGAAUGGAUGCCCUCCGCUCUAAUCCCCAGGUUUGAAACUCUUCAGUUCUAUUCUGGGGAUAAUAGGUCAGAGCCUGAAACCGGCUCCCCCUCCACCCCACUCCAGCCAGAUGGGGAGGCAGGGACAGCUCUGAUCCCUCCCCAACCCCAGGAGAGAUUUCUGAUUCAGCUGUCACAGCUCUCGGACACUGGGACCGAGGGAGAAGCCAAGAGAGGCAGCAAGACUUGGCAAAGGAGCACCAGAGAAGAUAAGGAGGCUGCACACCAAGGGGGACAGGAAGGAGGGGGAGCCUACUUGAGCCUGCUGCCUGGCGCCCCUGCCCUGCCCCUCCAUGCAGUUUCCCAUGGGGCCCGCCUGCAUCUUCCUGAGGAAAGGCAUCGCUGAGAAACAGCGGGAAAGACCCCUGGGACAAGAUGAGAUCGAAGAGCUCCGGGAAGCAUUUCUUGAGUUUGACAAGGACAGAGAUGGGUUCAUCUCCUGUAAGGAUUUAGGGAAUCUCAUGAGGACGAUGGGUUACAUGCCCACGGAGAUGGAGUUGACUGAACUGGGCCAGCAAAUCCGCAUGAACUUGGGUGGCCGUGUAGACUUUGAGGACUUUGUAGAGCUGAUGACCCCCAAACUCCUUGAGGAAACAGCGGGGAUGAUCGGUGUCCAGGAGAUGAGAGACGCCUUCAAGGAAUUUGACACCAAUGGAGACGGGGAGAUCACCCUCGGGGAGCUGCAGCAGGCCAUGCAGAGGCUCCUGGGAGAGAAGCUCACGCCCCGCGAGAUCUCAGAGGUUGUGCAGGAGGCUGAUGUGAAUGGAGACGGUACCGUCGACUUUGAAGAGUUUGUGAAGAUGAUGUCUCGCUGAGGAGGUUCUGGAAGUCCCGGUCACCCCACCCCCAGCCAACAUGGAUCAAGCACUUGCCUUGGACCAAAUCCCCUCGGGCCCUUCCAGGAAGAGUGGUGGCUGGCCACCUUGAAGAGCAUGAAUUGAGGCUAACCCAAAAAUGAUCACUUUGCCCAGAUGGCGGGGUGGGGUCAGGGGUACCUCUCUAGAAUGAGAUUAAGAAGGAAGAAUCUACGAAUGAAAAUGAUAUUGGGACUAGGGUCAGUGCUGCUCCCCCAUUUCCAAAGAUUAAUGACGUCUUUUGACUUCCCAUAAUCUCCAAAGCCUAUGACCUGCCAGAGUCUCUUCCUCAGUGUCCUCGUGGGUCUGACUCCCAAAAAAUCCAGCCCAUAGUCCGCCCUUCGCCCUUCCUGCUUCAGCUGCUUCCGAUCACCUCAGUUUCUCUCUGUUGGAAGAGGGGGGAAAGGCCAAUCUUGGGGCUACAGAGUUCCUGAUAAGACUGGACUUGGAAAAGGUUAAUUAAAGAG